AUGAGAAAAGAUGACGUCGAAUUGUAUCAAUAUACGCCGGAAACAGGCCCGAGUAUACUUUUCACAAUACUCUUUGGAUUAGCAGGAAUAACAUUUGUUUUUUUAUUAGUUCAUUAUUCUAUCAAGAGUAAAAGUAAAGUUGCCUCUCUCGUGAGCUCACAAUCUACAUUGCGGUGCUAUGACAUGUUGAAGUUGGCAGGAGCUUAUAUUCCCUUCAUAUUUGGAUGUUUUGUUGAGUUUGUAGGUUUUGCCUUUAGAUGCGAGUCAAGUAGAUACACCACCAUGCUGAGUCCCUACAUUAUUCAAACAAUUUUCUUGCUGGUGUCACCAACGCUAUAUGCGGCUAGUAUUUACAUGAUAUUUGGUAGAAUGGCUACUCUACUCUUCGCAGAAAAGUUAAUGAUCAUGCCUGCGAAAUUCAAUACAGCAAUAUUUGUCAUCGGAGAUAUAGGGAGCCUUUUAUUACAAGCAGCCGGUGGUGCUAUGAUGUCCGAUAAGUCAAUCGCUUCUUCUGGUUCCCAUCUCGUUACAAUUGGUUUGUUCAUCCAAAUUGCUUUCUUUGGUGUCUUCAUUCUUAAUGAGUUUUUGUUCCUUUUCAGGAUAAACAGAAAACCAACCAGCGUGUUGAUGAGAUGUGGUAGUUGGAAAAGCCUUAACGUUGUCUUAUUAGUAAACAGUUUUCUGAUUUUGAUCAGAUCGAUUGUCAGAGCUGUUGAAUUUCUUCAGGACUACGAUGGAGAAAUUGCCUCACAUGAAUGGUUUCUUUACGUUUUUGAUGCUUUACCCAUGUUCCUACUUGUACUAAGUUUCAAUGUGGCAUUCCCAUUGAAUAAUAUUUUCCGGAUACAGGAGGAGUCUAUUCAAAUGCAACUAUUUGCAAGGUAUGACGACGAUGUCUACCCAGAUAUCGACGAGAUUUCCAUCGAGCCGGACCUUGUUUCAAAGAGUGAAUAA